UGAUUUAUUCUUAUUGCCAAUUUCAUUUUAGGUGACUUUAUAGUAUUAGUAAUUUGUCAACGGUUGAACGACUGUACGUUUAUUGAUUAUCUAGAUUCAGCUAAAGUAAAACAUGUCUGAACGUGGUCGAGGAAGAGCCCGCGGACGUGCGGGAAGAGGAGGUGAUGGAACUGGACAACCACCGAGAAGGCCUGGAGAGCGACCUGGGCCUCAUCAGCAACAACCAAGUCAACCGGGGCCCAGACCGCAACCACCCUCGGCUUGGGGUCCUCCGUCUGUUGCUCCUCCAGUUAGAGCGGGUAUGCCUGCGCCGUCUGUUGGCAGGGCCUCCCAUCGAACUACUCCUUCAACUCAUGAACACCCAGGAGAUGUCGAUAUUCAACAAAGAAUGCAAACAAUUGCGAUAUGUCAAUCCCAACCAUCUGCUAGUGGAGAGCCAGGGUCUGCAGUUGUUGGUCGUGGAUCACGUAGAGGUGGUGGACGUGUCUUGCCAGAACAAAUGCAGAUCAUGCGCACUCGUCCUGAUACAGUGACUUCCAAGAAAGGAAGUACUGGAACACCAUUGGAUUUGUCCGCAAACUAUUUCACCGUUGAAACAACUCCAAAUUGGUCCCUCUAUCAAUAUCAUGUUGAUUUCUCACCAGAAGAAGAUAACACUGGAAUUCGUAAAGGGCUAUUACGUAUUCACGCCAAAACACUUGGAGGAUAUAUAUUUGAUGGUUCUACAUUGUAUACUGUAUCUCGAUUACAUCCAGAGCCAUUGGAAUUGUACUCUGAUCGUACUACAGACGGUGCCCGCAUGAGAUUAUUAGUCAAGCUUACCUGCCAAGUAAGCCCUGGUGACUAUCACUACAUUCAAAUAUUCAACAUCAUUAUAAGAACAUGCUUCAGCAUAAUGCAACUGCAGCUAAUGAACAGAGAUUUCUUUGAUCCGGCUGCAAAGAUUGAUAUACCCGAGUAUAAACUUCAAAUAUGGCCAGGAUAUAAAACUACUAUCAAUCAAUAUGAAGAUCGCCUUCUAAUGGUGACUGAAAUCACACACAAAGUUCUACGCAUGGACACAGUGCUUCAAAUGCUUAAAGAGUAUGCAUCAACCAAGGGUGCAAAUUAUAAAAAAAUAUUUUUGGAAGACAUUGUUGGUAAAAUUGUCAUGACAGACUACAACAAAAAAACAUACAGGGUCGAUGAUGUAACUUGGAACGAGACGCCGAGAUCGACUUUCAAAAUGAAAAAUGAAAAUGUCUCGUAUCUCGACUACUACGCCAAGAAAUACAAUAUCAAGAUUCAAGACUUCGGCCAGCCGCUAUUGAUAUCUCGCUCGAAGGCCCGCGACAUCCGCGCCGGCAUGCCCGAGCUGGUGUACCUGGUGCCGGAGCUGUGUCGCCAGACCGGCCUGUCGGACGACAUGCGCACCAACUUCCAGCUGAUGCGCUCGCUCGCCGUGCACACCAAGAUCGGACCGGACGUGCGCAUUCAGAGGCUGCUCAACUUCAAUCGCCGUCUCACACAAAAUAAGCAAGUCGUAGAAGAACUGGCUAAAUGGAAUAUGAAAUUAUCGAACUCAUUGGUACGCUUCAAAGGUCGCCAACUUCCGGCUGAAAACAUAAUUCAAGGUAGCAAUGCUAAGUACCCAGCUGGUGAUACCAAUGAUGGCUGGACUAGAGACAUGCGAUCUAAAAACUUGUUUACCAUCGCGAAUUUGCCUUCUUGGGUUGUCAUAACUCCUGAGCGACAGCGUAGGGAUACAGAAAGUUUCGUAGAAUUGAUCAUGAAAACUGGAAAUGGCGUAGGCUUCAGAAUGCCUAGACCAGAAAUAGUUACUAUCCAGCGUGAUGGUCAGAUGGAGUAUGCUGGAAUGUGCGAAAAUGUUAUCGCAAGAAAAAAUCCUGCAAUGAUAGUUUGUGUCCUGGCUCGAAAUUAUGCUGACAGGUAUGAAGCCAUCAAGAAAAAAUGCACUGUGGAUCGCGCUGUACCCACCCAAGUGAUUUGCGCCCGAAAUAUGACUAGCAAAUCUGCCAUGUCCAUAGCUACUAAAGUGGCUAUCCAAAUCAAUUGCAAGCUCGGCGGAGCGCCAUGGAUCGUAGAAAUCCCACUGCCCACUCUCAUGGUGGUGGGCUACGACGUGUGCCACGACACUCGCUCCAAGGAGAAGAGCUUCGGCGCAUUUGUUGCGACCUUGGACCGACAGAUGACUCACUACUACACUAGCGUCAACGCGCACACGUCGGGCGAAGAACUCAGCGCGCACAUUGGAUUCAAUAUCUUGUGCGCUGUGCGAAAGUACCGCGAGAGGAAUGGUAUAUUGCCUGGACGCAUCUUUUUUUACCGCGAUGGCGUAGGCGAUGGCCAAAUUCCAUACGUCAAAAGCCAUGAAGUGGAGGAGAUUAAGAAGAAACUAGCUGAGAUCUAUGGUAACACUGACAUCAAAAUGGCGUUCAUCGUUGUUUCAAAGAGAAUUAAUACAAGAGUAUUCAUUGACCGCGGUCGCACCGGCGAGAAUCCUCGUCCUGGCACUGUAAUAGAUGACGUGGUUACUUUGCCAGAGAGAUACGACUUCUUCUUGGUAUCCCAGAAUGUGCGCGAAGGAACUAUCGCUCCCACUUCUUACAACGUCAUCGAAGAUACCUCGAGCUUAGAUCCAGACCGCAUCCAGCGCCUGACGUACAAGCUGACGCACUUGUACUUCAACUGCUCGACGCAGGUGCGCGUGCCGGCCGUCUGCCAGUACGCGCACAAGCUGGCCUUCCUGGCCGCCAACAGUCUGCACAACCAGCCGCACUACUCGCUCAACGAAACUCUUUAUUUCCUGUAAUUUUUUUAUUUUUUUUAAUCAAUUCGCUUAGUUAAACCACCUGAUUUCUAUUGAUAAGUUUUAAUUAUUACUAUUAUACAGCUCACGUUGCAUUUAAUUUAGUUUAUAGUUUCAGUGCUUGGAUAUAUAUAGUUCCUAUAUAGUUGUUUUAGUUGAAGUAGUCAAGUUUGAGCAUUUAACAAUCUUACUAUUAAACAUAUGUCACUUAUAAACUACAGCAGUAAUUUUGCAUAAGAUAUAUUGGUGUUUCA